AGAAGCCACUUCCGGGAAACGCGAAAGUUGGUGGCGCUCACUCAACGCAAAUAUUGAUUUUGUUUUACAGUGACGUUUGUUGAACUGACGGCGCUAUUGUUUCGUAUUAUGUUCCAUAUGCAGCACUGAACCAUUGUGAUAUUCAUAUCACAGAGGUGAAAAGAAGGAAAACCAGAGCGAUGAUGGAGCGACAAUUUCAGAGUCCUCGUUUGUUUGAAGGUCUGGAACUACGUGGUAGAAACAGUCUGUCACCGUAUCCCAUGCCAUCACUUACCAAAUCACAGUCUUCCCUACUUAUGGAUCAUGGAAAUACUGAUAUUUACAGCACAAGGUCUCAAAACAAUGAGUGCAGACUAGAAAGGGAUUUUGGUGAAGAAAAAAUCUUUGAGGAAACAAAGUGCCGAAACUCUCCACAAGUGGUACCUUUUCGGAACGAUGAUUUUUGUUGUAAUGAGAAGGAUUUAUAUGUUGUGUUCAAGGUGGAGGGUUUGCCAUCAAGACACGAGAAUAGGACUCAGUCCAGAGGGCGAACAACACCAUACCUACAACAGCAGCCAAGUCAGGAGAACGGGAAGAGAAAGACCAAAACAGCCUUCAUUAAAAGAAAGCUGAAUCAAAAUGAUAUGAUGGUAUCAGGAACCAGAUUUUCAGUGAGCAAACUCGGAACAAACAGAAGUACUUCCUUUAAGGAGAAUAGGAAAAUAUCUCUUGCCAAAAACCACAAUGAAAAAGCCCUUGGGCACAGCAGACAAAGAUCAGUCAGAGAGAGGGAAGGACUACCAUGUGACCAACUGGAAAUGCCCAUUAAGACUUCCUGUGAUGAGCUUUAUGGAAACUCGACAAGAGAACCUCUCCAAGACAUCCAGAAUGUCUGGGACACCAAAUUAGACAAAAGAUUGGUAACAGAAGUCAGCCGACACACCAGUGAUCAUGACAGAGAGAUAGAGAAGUUGACACGGGAGUUACGUGAGGCCAACAACAUCCUGAAUGACAUUGAGACCAACAUAUAUGCUUUAAAGGAUGAAAAGGAUGUCAGCCAUCAAGGUCUGCUUGCAAUCAAGGAAAACUAUCGCAAUCUGCUAGAAGAGAAAAACACAUGUCAGAAACAAAUAUCCUUUAUCAAGAAGGACCUAAACAACUACCGUAUUAAGGACCGGCGACAAGUACGGGAGUUUGACCAGCUCAACCUGUGUUACGGUAAACUAGACCAGCGGGAGCGUCUCAUGAGGAGACAGAUCUCCCUUAUGGAGGCUGAACUCUCCCUCGUAGUGUCAAAGCUAGAAACUCCUAAACAAAGCAAUGGUAAACCUAUUGUGCCUAGACUUGACCUCAGUAAACUUCAACAACCAAAGAAACUGCCACCAGUCAAAACCCCUCAUGGUAGCCUGCGUAAGAUGAAAGAGUUACAACAAACUUACCCUGUAGUGCCAAAUGCUCCUAGGAAGCUGUGCGAGAUCAUACAAGUUUAUGACAGCAAAGAGUCGCCACGAAAGAUGAAGCGAAGUAUGUGGCCCCAACGUUCCACAAGUUCUCCACUUCUAGGAAAUGCUGGGGCCAAGACAAUACCCAGUGGUAGAGAUACAGGCGGUGACAGCUUUGUUCCCCUGGUAGGUAGCCACUGUCCACUGUCCAGUCGCUCAGACAAGGAAGACAGGUUAGACUUCACCAUCAUGUCCACGAUCAAUGGAACAUCCAUACCCAAGGAGUACAAGGUGCUCAAGUUACCCUCCAUCAAUGAGGAUUAUUAUGAAAAUAAGCAGAAAGCUUCCAAGGAAUUUGUAGCUGGGCAGGCACCCUUUUUCUCAAAGCCCAAUGGGAACCAGACUGAAUCAAGUGCUGCAUUUGUCCCAGAUUAAUAUGAAAGUCAAGUAUGAUAAGUUAGGAUGUUAGUUAGCUAUUCUUAAUUGAAUGAUGCAUAAAAAGUACAAACUAUUAGAAAAGUGAAAUUGAAUAGAAGUAAUUUAUUGCUAUCGGAAUAUUGAAAAUAUUGAACAAAUAUGUGCUGGAUACAUGUACAUGAAAAAGAAAUUAAAGUGAAAUUAAGCAAAAUGUUCUUCAUUCUGUAUGAAAACAAAUUCACCUACCGAUAGUACAUUAAUUGGAU